GUGGACUUCAAGCAGAUCUGUCCAAUAAGAAAGCAUGGCCCCUUGCGUUGCUGCUGGACAAUGCGUUUUGAAGGAAAGCAUCAGAAUUUGAAGUCGUUCCUGGCUCGCUCAAAAAAUAAUCGUAAUGUUUGUAAAACGAUAGCUUCUCGGCACCAGCGGUUCAUUGCUGUUCGGCAUAACGCGCCUCAACCCAGUGCCGUAUCGUCACGAAAGUCGUUCAGCCGAAAGAACAAGGCGAGUUUUCCUGUAGCUGUUCAAACACUUGUCGCGCAAAAUGGUCACCCGGUUUGGAAAUCCGUGACGCACAUGAAUACGGAGUAUACAGCCGGCAAUGUGAUCUUGGUGAAGCGUGAUGACACUGUUGUGUUCUGCCGAAUCCUGUGCGUGUGUUCAAAGGACGAUGACGUACAGUUUGUAGUUCGGUACUGUGGCAACUCAGAUUUGUCUCAUGUGUCGUGUGUUGAACUUGAGAUGCAAGAACAAUUCGAAAGUGUGCGCCCCGAAUGUCUGGCUGAUUAUCUGCCGCUUGCCUGUUAUAGCAUCUGUGAAAAGGAGUUGGUAGUGCUCAAGCACAAACUUUCUUCGAACCAUGUACGAGUACCUAGUUAGCCAGGGCAUGGUAAAAAAACUCGUUCGUGUGCGUGAAAAGAAACACUUGGUACAGGCUAUUGGCGAGGCGUUUGGUGUUGAUGUGGAGGACUUGAUGGUGCGAUACUACGUGGCUGCAUUCGACGACUACGUUGAUCUGGAUAACGUGGCAGAGCUUCCUGACCAGUGUCGGCUGCAAGUCCACCUCCGUGUGACGCCGGAGGCCCACGCACAUCUACUACGUCAAGGAGACACGGUCCUUGUGCUGCCAGAACAGGCCGUGUUUGCUUCAGGACCAGCCACGUUUGCGCCUGGGCCAUCGUCGGAGCCCACGCCUGGGCCAUCAUCCGAGCCCACGCCCGGGCCAUCAUCCGAACCCACGCCUGGGCCAUCAUCCGAGCCCACGCCCGGGCCAUCAUCCGAGCCCACGCCUGGGCCAUCAUCCGAGCCCACGCCUGGGCCAUCAUCUGAGCCCAUGCCUGAGUCAGCCCUCGCUGGAAUGUCGGACUACACCAGGACCUUCGACAGCCCGAUGUCCGGUUCUGGAAUAUCGCCGAAUGCCGGUAGCUCCACGCCAGUCCAACUUAGUCCAACGUCUCCGACGGCACCAGAGCGUGUACUGCUGAAAGUGUCACUGGACGACAUGUCGCCCAAACUGAGGACUACUCUUCAGUGUGGGACAAAACUGAAGAGGGAUGACUGGAUCGAGAUUGGAAACGUCAUCUACGAGAAAUAUGUCGAGAAGUACUCUAACCCGUAUCCUAAGAGGUACAGCGACAUCGCCUACUGCAUUAUCCGGCAGAUACCAAACCUGGUACAGGACAAAACUGUAGGCGAGACAGCGGAACUAAUCGCUGAAAAGUUGGCCACAAAGUUCCGCAACAAGCGGCGGAGACUGGACUCCUCUGCCUCAAAUCUGGGCGUCCGCAAGCCGGUGCGGUACGGGAUGGGGCUGCCGCAGUACGCCCCCGCUUUUGAAGACAGUCAGCGCCUAGAAGUGCAGCGGGCGGUGGAGCAGCUGCAGACAGUCAAUGGCCAGGAGGCCAUCGAUGGCCUGAUGCAAGACACCUUCGCCGACCGCAGACACCUGAUAGUUAGGGAAAAGGUGUCAGUGGCGAUUAUCAAGGAGCGCUACGGUGCGCUCUUCAGCGUUUACCAGCUCUGGAUGGAGCUAGAACGUAUGGCCGGCCGCAGUCUGCGGCGGGAAAGUGAACUCCUGUGGGCACGUUAUCUGACGGCAGCACAAGAGGUGCUUGGCUGUUCCGACAUCGAUCGCGUCCCGAAGGCCAUCGCCUGGGCACUGGGCGACGCCCUGGAUAUCUAUCGCAACGAUGGCGAGGGUCCUGGUGCUGUGGUGGCCGGCGGCACUGUCUUCGUCGAUGGAGUAGAGGUGGCGGAAGUGGGAGAGAGGGACGCUCUCCUCGUAUGGGCCGUGGCCCUCUUCGUCUUCUCGCUCAAAUACCCCACGGGCUCUCGGUCCACCGGGCGCUAUCUCUCGUAUCAUGUCUUGGGCGUCGAAGACGAGGCGCCCAAAGACAGAGUUAGCCAGCGCUUCCAUGGUGAAGUGAUGAAGCACAUGUAGGUAGUGUUACGGGCAUCGUCUGUUACUCGCCGUGAGCGUGGCCCUGGAGGGUGGCGCCGGUGUGGCGGCCCGGCAAAGUACGCGGGUAGGCCGGCGUGGCUUUGUUUGCAGCUAGUCCAGAGACCGCGUUUCUGAAGUGAAGUCAUUGAGCACAUCUAGGUUGUUUUACGGGCACUGUCUGUUUCUCGCCGUGAGGGUGGCGCCGGUGCGGCGGCCCGACAAAGUGUACGCGGGUAGGCCGGCGUGGCUUUGUUUGCAGCUAGUCCAGAGACCGCGCUUCUUUCUUCUGGCAUAGAGCCAGACCGCGUAGCAUGGAAGGCAUGAUGUUGUGGAAAACUGGUGAGAAUUACGCUCUGAAAUGUUAUAUAGCGUCUUUCUAAUAAAUGACAUGGAAAUCAAA